AUGGGGAGCAAAGGGGCGCCCCAUAAGAUGCCCAAACCCAACGCGUUUUGGCUCUUGAGUUCGGGUAUAGGCCCGCAAUACUUUGUCAGUGAGGUCGGAAGUUGGCCACGCUCCCCAACGUCCGAUCCGCCGAGGUGUUUGUCAUGUUCUCCCGAUGCCCCACAUGACAGUCGCAGGAUAUACCUAGUGCCCACCUGCAUCACCAAAUGA